AUGAAAGUGGUGAUCCAGAGGGUCAAGCAGGCCUCAGUGACGGUCAACAAGGAGGUCAUCUCGCAGAUCAACAAGGGGCUUAUGCUGUUGGUCGGCAUCUCGACCGAAGAUAGCAAGGAAGACGUUGAGAAACUGGCCAAUAAGGUGUUGCGGCUGAAGCUUUUCGAGGACGUGGGCGUCGACGCCAACACGAAAACCGAGUGGGUCGGCAAGCCGUGGCAAAAGAGUGUCGUGGACAUCAAGGGAGAGAUCUUAUCGGUGUCCCAGUUUACGCUGUAUGGCAACAUCAAGAAGGGCGCCAAGCCGGACUUCCACCGUGCACAGAAGGGCCAUGUGGCGCAGGAGCUGUACGAGAUGUUUUUGAGGCUGCUGCGUGCCGAGAUGGGCGAGGACAGCGUGAAAGACGGCCAGUUUGGAGCCAUGAUGGACGUGGGUAUCGUCAACGACGGGCCCGUUACGAUUGUCUGGGAUACAAGGGACAAAUAG